GCGUCGUCGGGAUCGGGAUGUGUGUCUUCGCGUGUGUGCUGGUGAUUUGCCUCGCGACUUCGACAACGGGGCUGGCCGACUCUACAUCAGAUCUACCGAGGUUCGGCAAGCCGCUGAACAAUCUCACCGUCUCCGUCGGCAGGGAGGCCAUUUUCACCUGCAUCGUCGAGAACCUCGGCCCCUACAAGGUCGCGUGGCUCAGGGUCGACACUCAGACCAUCCUCACGAUCGCCAGCCACGUGAUAACGAAGAACCACCGUAUCGCGGUCACCCAUAGUGGACAUCGCACGUGGUCGUUGCACAUACGUGACACCAAAGAGACCGACAGGGGAUGGUACAUGUGUCAGGUGAACACCGAUCCGAUGUCCAGCAACGUCGGUUACCUGGAGAUCGUCGUGCCCCCGGAUAUCCUGGACUACCCCACCAGCACGGACAUGGUGGUGCGAGAGGGCAGCAACGUGACGCUCCGAUGCGCCGCCACCGGCACCCCGGAGCCCACCGUCACCUGGAGGCGCGAAGCCGGGGGCACCAUAACCCUUUCCAACUGGCACGAAGUGGCGAGCAUCGAGGGCCCGGAGCUGGAGAUAACACGGGUUACUCGUCUCCACAUGGGGCCGUACCUCUGCAUCGCGUCCAACGGGGUGCCACCCACCGUCAGCAAGCGAAUAGUCCUCAUUGUUCAAUUUCCCCCGAUGGUCUGGAUAGAGAAUCAGCUGGUGGGCGCCUUCGAGGGGCAGAGGCUCACCCUGGAGUGCCACACCGAGGCUCAUCCCAUGCCCAUCACCUACUGGACCAGACCCACCAACGAGACCAUCGUCAGCGAUAACAAUUACAAGGUCGAGACCAUCUCCACGGGAUACGAGAUCACAAUGAAGCUGACCGUACAAUCGGUUCGACCUACGGAUUUUGGAGCCUUCAAGUGCGUCGCGACGAAUUCAUUGGGCGAAACGGAUGGCAAGAUCAAAUUAUACAGGAUCGCUAAACCCCCGACGACGCGUCGACCGACCUCCUGGAGGGACUCGAAGAACUCCUGGAAGAGCGACCACGGACACGAGAAGAAGAGCGCGGGGAUGAAGGACGAGGCCAUGGCGAAGGGCGAAGAGGUCGACCUGGACUUCCCCUCGGCGACGACCUCGCCGAUCUUCCACCAGCAUUCGGCGAAUCUGGGGAUCGUCUUCGCCAUGGCGAUGCUGCGCGAAAAACUGGCCUCCUAGGUUCCUGGACUAUAAAAGAAACAAAAAUCCCUGAAACUACCCCCGGGGGACGAACUUCCAAGGGCCAUCCAACUUCCUCUUUCUCUUGGAGGAAAUUGUCAAAAGGAUACACGACAAUGUCCGAUCGGCUCGUCCGGGUGGUCCUAAGAAAAACCCUAUGACGGAAGUUAUCCUGGAGAUACUUGGGGUGGAGUGAAGCAAAGAGAUCAGGUCUUCCGGUUCAGUAUCUGGACCGGAAACCAGGUUAAGUGAGGUCAGUGAUACUGGCUACUGCACCGGAGUACUCUCGUAGGAAUCAACCCUCGCCAUUACACCGAUCGAGGCGAGGGCGAUCCCUCGUGAAACGGGAGAGGAUUAUUUUUUUUCGCAUUUCCUCCCCUGAAGGAGAUGAUCUCAAAACGUAUUUCACGUAUAUAAUACAUUAAAUAGACGUUCAGUGAGAAUUCUUAUCGUCGAAAUUCAAUAAAUUCAAUUAAAAUUAAAUCCCACGUUUCAAUCAUGAAUUUAAUCUAAGAAAUUCAAUUUGAAAUUUCGCGUUUCAUUUCUUCUUUAAUGGUCAUCUAUCUUUUGUUAUGUAACAAAUAAUUUACAACAAAGUAUGAGUGAUUCCAACUGCUUCCCUGUAUGGUUAAUAGAAAAUGUACAAAGUGUAGAUGUUAAUAAGACGUACGGGGAAAUCGAAGUGAUAUACGUAUAUAAUACGUUAAAUACGUACAUAAUACGUUAAAUAGAGAUUAGUGGGAACCUUAGACACUGUUCCAAAGCCUCAUAGGGAAUAUGUACACUGGGAGACAUCAAUGCCCUCCCAUUCUGCAUAGGCGAUGUCGUAUCUGCAGGGGAGGCAUUCAUGUCCGCCAUUGUACCGAUAGAAUUAUUUUCAUGUGCUGUAAAUAUGUAAUUGUUACUUCCGAAAGCCCCAAUCGCGUUAUCAUGUAACUGUACAAAUAAUUAAUGUAUUAUACGUAGAUUAAGCCUCAGGGACGUGUAAAUAUGUUAUACAGUGUAAGGAUAUUAAUAUAUUACCUUUUGCAUUAAUAAAUCACGAGAGAGAUUCAUGUAAAUACAUUAUGCGUCGUGGUGUAACUGGGCAAUAAAUGUUAGACAAUCGUAACUGUUA